AUGAGCUACUACAGCGGCUACUACGGAGGCCUGGGCUGCGGCUAUGGCUGUGGCUGUAACAGCUUCCGCAGACUGGGCUAUGGCUGUGGUUAUGGAGGCUACGGAUAUGGCUCUGGCUAUGGAUGUGGUUCAGGCUACGGAUAUGGCUCUGGAUAUGGUUCUGGCUACGGAUAUGGUUCUAGCUACGGAUAUGGCUGCUGCCGUCCUUCAUGCUGUGGAGGGUAUGGGUUCUCCAGCUUCUACUGA